AAAGCGGCACAGAAUAAAAAAUAAAAAAAACUGAAAAAUAAAAAGAAAACACAGACGCCUUUUCAUCACAAAAUUUUCAGAGAAAGGAGUAAUUUUUCCCAUUUAUAUGGAUUUCGUUUUUUUCCAUGGUUUUUUUCACGGCAGAAGAAGCUAGGUUUUUGUUUCUCUCUCUAAAAUUGGAGGGAAGAAAUGGCGAAUUCUUGUGCCCUGCAAUGCCUUCCAACGAUGGUUCAACCGAGAUGUGAGAGAAAGCCUUUGCCAUUGUCGAAUUAUGGAAGAUUUUCUCAGAAUGGGACAAAUACCUCAGUGUUGUUCCCAGAGGAAAGCCCUAAUAAAAUGCAGCUCUGAUAGGCAAGCUAAAGGGACAAUGCAAGAGGUGGAAAGGCUCUUCUCAAAUCUUAACCAGGUCACAUUGAAGAGAGAACGAGGAAGCUCGUCAAGUGCAGUAUUUUUGGUGGCUGGCACCACGAUAGGUGCAGGCAUUUUGGCCAUCCCUGCUGUCACACAAGAAGCUGGAUUUUUCGCAUCUGCUUUGACAUGCUUUCUAUGCUGGAUUUAUAUGGUUGUGACAGGAUUGUUGAUUGCUGAAGUGAACGUCAAUACCAUGUGUGAACUUGGAUCUGGGUGUGUCUCUUUGGUAACUGUUUGUGUUGUUUAUAAAGAACAUAAACUUAUAAUUGCAUUCAUCAAAAGCUGGUCAUAUCUCUUCAUACCCUAUGCGCUUCUCAUUGCCUAUGUGGCUCGUUCUGCUGACAUUUUGACAAAUUUCCUUGGCAUUCCAUUAUGGGAAAGUGCCAUGUUGUAUUCAUUGGUUUUUGGUGGUAUAUGCUAUUUUGGAAGUCAACGGAUUAUAGGUGCGAUUAAUGGGCCUUUGGUUUUGGGAAUCCUAGUAUCUUUUGCAGCACUUGUGGGAGUGGCUGCUGGUGACCUAGAUUGGAAUUCCCUGUUGCAAGCCCAUUUUGAAGCUGUCCCAAUGAGCAUACCAAUAAUAGUACUUGCAUUUGUGUAUCAGAAUGUUGUACCAGUUCUUUGUACAAAUCUUGAAGGCGGCUUGUCGAAAGUAAGAACAUCCAUUGUACUAGGAACUGCUAUUCCACUGAUUUUGUUUCUUUUGUGGGAUGCCGUGAUUCUUGGGACCAUUUUAAAUCUUGAUACAAAUGGGAAUCUGGCCACAGACCCAUUGGAGCAAUUGCGAGCCAGCAAUGGAGUGGUUGGACCAAUAGUGGAGACAUUCUCAUUCCUUGCUAUAUCAACCUCAUACAUUGGUUUCGUUUUGGGCCUCACGGACUUCUUAUCUGAUCUGCUGAAACUACCCAGUGGUGAGAGCAAACCUCUUCCAUACGUGUUGACUAUAGUGCCACCUCUGGUGCUAUCAUUGCUGGAUCCAGACAUCUUUUUUAAGGCCUUGGACUUUGCAGGAACUUAUGGAGUUCUAGUUCUGUUUGGUAUUCUCCCAGCUGCCAUGUCUUGGUCAGAGAAGUAUGGUGAUGGUUCGUCAUCAAUCAAACUCCCCCCACUUGUUCCUGGUGGCAGAAUUACUCUCUCUCUUGUAUUGGGUGGGGCACUAUGGGUUAUUUUCUCAGAAAUACUCAAGAAAUUCUCCUCAUAUUGAUGAUAAGUCUCAGUUUUGACAUCACUCAAGCAGUAAGGAUGGUAAAGAGUAUAUAUGUCGUAAGUGGAGUCAUGCAUGAAGUUGUAGGGAAUAUUAAUGGAUGGCUUAGAUCAAAUUAUAUGCAUUGUAAUAUGCCAUUAGGGCUGUCAGAUUGAGCGGAGCAGAUCGCAAUCGUCCAGAUUGCCAUUUUUGAGGACCCUUUUUUCUUGGAAAUUCUUUGUACAGGCCACAAAUGAUGGACCUAUUCUUUUUAUUUAACAAUAUGAAACUUUUAACAUCGUAUUA